CUGAUUUUUGGGAUUACGAUUCAUCCCUUUCAUCUUCCAGAAUGAAACCUUACCAGAAACCUAAAUGGACUCGUGUUUGGGAAUCGAAGCGCGUUGAAGAUAUGGAAUUAAGUGACUUCUCUAUGUAUGAUGAUGACAUUGAGCCUUUCAUGUUUUCAUGCGCACGCUUUUUAUACAAGAAUAAGGCGCAGAUCAUAAAAGACGAACAAAUCAAUGUCGCCAUGGAUGAAUAUGAAGAGCGCCGUCGCAACCUAAGUGCCUUCGAUGCCAUCGCUUCUCCAGAAAUUGCAGGUUUGUGUGGCGGCCUAGUGCCUCUUCCGAUAACUGAUGAUCGUCGCGUUAGUCUCACCCCCCUCUGCAUGCUUGCGUUAGAUACGUACAAUGCUGAGAAUCAGGGUGCAAAUUUUGUGCUUACUGAUGUUGUAAAUACAACCUGGAAACCUAGCGGUGUGUAUUCAAUUAACUUUCAAGCACAAGAUAUUUCCUCAAACACCUCUGCUACAACUUUCCAGGCCAAAGUUUUGAAAAAGAGGGUUGGACCUCAUCAGGUCUUGUCAUGUGCCAUUCAAACCUAAUACAUGGUGAGUGUAGCAAUUGCUCAAA